AUGGAGUCCGACACCAGCCGUGUGUCCAGCAGACCGUCCUCACCGGAAGUGGAUGACCUCUUCAUGUCCACUCUGCGGGCCUCCCGCGGGUACACCGGGGCCGUGUCGUCCACGCAGAGUGACCCUCUGGACGUGGGUCUACGGGGCUUGUCCCCGGAGGAGGAGGAGGAGCUUGUGCGCAUGUCCAAGAAAGACCGUAAGCUUCUGUCGGAGAACGAGCUGCAGUCCAUCCGUCUGAAGAUCAACAGCCGCGAGCGGAAGCGCAUGCACGACCUGAACGUGGCCAUGGACGGUCUACGGGAGGUCAUGCCGUACGCGCACGGGCCGUCCGUGCGGAAACUGUCCAAGAUUGCGACGCUGCUGCUCGCGCGGAACUACAUCCUGAUGCUGAGCAACUCUCUGGAGGAAAUGAAACGUCUCGUGAGCGAGAUCUACGGCAGCUCCGGGCACCACGCGGCCUUCCACCCGCCCGCGUGCGCUACCAUGACGCACGCACCCGUGGCCACGCACCCCACGCCCGUGCCCACGCACCCCACCGUGCAUGCGCUUCUGCCGCCCGUCUCCACCUCGUCCCUGACCGCGCCGCGCGCACCGCACGCGCUGCUCAAAGCGCCGCCGCCCGCCAGCUUCCAGCACUGGGGCGUCAGCGGGAUGCCGUGCCCCUGCAGCAUGUGUCAGCCACACCUGCCCCACCUGCCCCCCAUGAGGCUCGCGGACUCCAAGUGA